GGGGCGGGGUUUCAUCGCUUUUUGAGCCUCAUCACAAUCACCGUUGUUUGAAGAAUUCCAACAAUACUUGCAAAAGCAAAAAAUAAACACUGGAACUAUAUUAUAUCGAUACCACAAGCGCAGUGGACUCAACGUUUCCUGGUCGUUGUUUCCAUUACGAUAGAGGGAAGCAAGAACAGUGUUGAUCGCAGAGAGAGUUUGAUUGACUGGUCGUCCAUCCAGUGAGCAUGGAGGCAGGAGAAGACCAGACCAACUCCAGCUCAGCCAAUAGCAGCGCAGCAUCAGGGGGAAACUCCCGCCCCCCUCAGAUAGCUCAAAUGUCUCUGUAUGAAAGGCAAGCCGUGCAGGCACUGCAGGCAUUACAGAGGCAGCCCAAUGCAGCUCAGUACUUUCAGCAGCUGAUGCUGCAGCAGCACAUCAACAGCGCUCAACUCAACCUGGCUGCUGUGCAACAGGCAACUCUUGCAGCGAGUCGUCAGUCCAGUUCUCCCAGUAACAGUGUCUCUCAAGCUACAAGUUCAGCACAAUGCACAGUCAACUUAAGUACCGCAGCUGGUGGAGGGACCAUGACAAACCCCCGUCCAGUGGGACCUGCCACCUCUGCAACAUCACCAGCCCUUAACCAGUCAGUUUUGUUAGGUGGAAACUCGGGUGGACAGGGUCAGAUGUACCUGAGAGUAAACCGCUCUCUCAGGGCACCUCUCACCCCUCAGCUCAUUUUCAUGCAUGGUACUCCCGCGACAGCUGCUGUGUCAACGGUUGCCCAACAGCAGCCCCAGCAGCAGCAGCAGCAGCAGCAACAACAGGAAACGGCUCCCACAUCCUCAAGUAACCAGUCAGACAAUGAUCAGGUACAGAAUUUGGCAAUGCGUUGCGUUUCCACUCCAAGGGUGGCUGCUGUGAAGACAGAGUUUGCAGACAGGAAGGAGACAAGUGGCUCAUUCCCACUUAACCAGCAAACUCAGACUCAGCAGCAGUUUGGUCAGUCAGCCCAGCAGAUCCAACCACAGACUCAAGCGCUCGCCAACACCAAACUGCAAAACUGCUCUAAUGCCGCUAAUCCCAGCAUGCCUGGCCUCAACGUGAAGGGCGCUAACCAAUCGGCUGUCACCCCACAGCAAGCAGGAGGUUCCUCCAAUCCUCCGUCCUCCUCGCCUUCCCCCUCGCUCCCUCUCUCCCAGAUCCUCCUUUCUCAAUCUGGCUUGUGCCAAGCUCGAGGAGUACCAGCUGCUGCGGCCACCGUUACCCACAUCCUAGUGCCCACCUCCAAUGUUCCUACAUCUUCUCAAGGCUAUCCGAUGGGCACGGUGGCAACCAAAUCCAACAUGACUGCCCAGACAUUAGUGGUGCAGCCACUCCAGCAGACAGGGGCAAAUUUGAGCACAGAAAAACUGGGUCAUGGAACGGGACAUGUGCCCAUUCAGCCUAAAACAGCUCAGGGGCAUCGGCUGCCGGUGCAGAUGCCCCCUCGCCACCCUCCUCCUAUUCUCCCAGCACCACCCAACAAUGGCCAAGCCACGGGAGGCCAUCACCCUCCUCACGUCCCGGUUCAGCUGGUUGGAGCGAGGCAGAGCACACUAGGAAACUCCCAGGCUUUAGCAGUGGCCCAGGCUCGGACCUGUUGCGCCCAGCAGGACGCCACGGCUGUCGUGCCCAUCAAUAACUCCGGUGGCAAUGUUGUUACUAUGGUGACUGCUGUGGAAACAGGCGGAGCCGGCAUGUGCCUUAAAACAGCCCAAAGUGCCCUCCCAGUGUCUCAGAUGCAAACCAAUCAGAGCUCAGCGCUGAGUCAGGGUAAUCCUGCUUCGGUCACACACUCGAUGGAUGGACAGAAUAACUCUGGAGAUUCUGUUUUUAUUCAGUCUGGAACAGCUCAGACGAAGCCUGGGAUUGGUCCAUUGAAAAGAAAAUCUGAAUCAGAUUUACCCCAUGAGAUGUCAGUUGAAGCCGUAAAUGCAAGUCCGUCACUGCAAGACUCCGCUCCUCCUCUCUCACCAGCUCCCUCAUUAGAUACAGUCCCAGAGAUGGCGUUCUCCUCUCCUCCUACUCUCUCUCUUUCUCUCCCUCUCCCUCGUGGAGGAGGGCAGGGUGAUCGAGCACCUGUCCCACAGGCUGUGGUCAAACCUCAGGUUCUCACUCACCUCAUUGAGGGCUUUGUUAUCCAGGAGGGAGCUGAACCUUUCCCUGUGGCUGGGCCAUUGAAAGAACUUCCUGUGGCUGUUCCACCUAUCCUACAUCCAGAGAAUGUCCGCUCUGAUAAGUUAAAGUGUGAAUACUGUCUAAGAUUUGCACCGGCCAACCAGUUCAGACGAUCCAAGCGCUUCUGUUCCAAAACCUGUGCAAAGAGGUACAAUGUCAGCUGCAGUAACCACUUCCGUGUCAGCAGGGGUCUUGAGGGUGUAGAACGGCCAUCAGGGGGCCCUGUUGUACAGGAUGUUAUUGCUAGACGCAGAGGUCCUCGCAGAAGCAGUUCUGAGAUCGCCUGUGCUAAAAUAACAGGCAGGCAUCUUCCUGUAAAGUGUCGUUCAGAAUCUAGUCGUUCUGAGGACAUCUCCAGCUGUGAGGGUGAGGAAGAGGAAGACUUCUUGUCACUCUCUCCCAGCUCAUCCUUCUCAUGCCCGAGACCAACCCACUGUGGUCCUCAGUUGGAUGACACAGCACCAAGUAGCCUCCCAGUGGAUGAGAACCACUUCUUAUCUGGCAACCCGGCUCACUGGAGUGUGGAGGAAGUUUGUCAGUUCAUUUCUUCUCUUCAAGGUUGUGAGGACCUGGCAUCCCAGUUCCUUUCACAGGAGAUUGAUGGGCAAGCGCUCAUGCUUCUUAAGGAAGAGCAUCUUAUGUCCACCAUGAACAUCAAACUCGGUCCUGCCCUUAAAAUCUGUGCUUCUAUCAACAGCCUGAAGGAUUGAACGAGGGACAGAGAGAGCGAAGUAGCAGGAUUAGAGCUUUAUACUUCCGUCACCAGCCUGAGAAACUGAAGGGCAUGAAAAGACAGUAGUUUGUAUGGAUGACCUAGAGAUUAAUAAAUAAAAAACAGGGAAGAACAGGAGUGAAUGAAAUCUGAAGGGAAAAACAAGUGAUGCCUUAUUAAAAGUGAAUUAUUUACCUUCAUAUUUUUGUUUAAAUGUGAAAGCCUGGGUUAUUAAUGAUUCUCACUAGUUCUCACUUUAAUUUUGUCCUGUUUUCAAACCGUUCUGGAAAGAAUAAUGUGAGUGAUCCUACAGGAACAAAAUAGCACAAAGAUGAUUAUGUGUAAUCUUUAAAUGACGGAAUUGAUUUUGGAGGUGGUAAACAUGUCUCAAUUCUAGAUUUUGAUUGUGCUACUAUAUAAUAUCUGGGCUGUGUUUGAAUAGGCAUGUGAGCCUUGCAUCUCUGAUUUAGAGCCGUCACUGUAAAUGUGUAGUCUUUAAGUCGGUAUGUUUGUGUCCUUUUGUGUUUGUCAGUUAUGUUAAACAAUAGUAAUCAAAGUAUGACUGAUAAUGACAUUAGAGACAGUAAUCAAUGUUAUACCUGUAGUGCUUUUGACUAUCAGAGUCAAAGAUGUGAAUAAGUUGCCUUUCUAAAAAAAAAAAAAAAACACACACAA